GUGUCUCCUGCCCAGAUGGUUACCUGUCUCGUCGCCUGUCUUGAGUAGGGUUGAUCAGCUCAACUGUUGUAAAGAUCUUUCUACUUGCCAGUGUCAUAUCCUCCCCGAAAGCGGUGAUUGAUACUAGCAAAAGAUCGAUCUGAUUACACAGCGGGCAGGCCUUCCCUGUGAUAGACUCGUGUUAAACUCCCUUGUAUAUCUUAUAUAGCCCUUGUCUGUCCAUCUUCCGUCAAACGUACGCAGAGCCCAAACAUGAUCUCUUCAAUACAUGUCCUCCUAUUGGCGCUGGCCAGUUCUCAGACUGCUCAAGCUUUCAAAGUCGUUCCAAGAGACGGUGCCAACGACACUGAUUCCGCUUCAUCCAAAGGCCUCUCUACAGCCGAAAUCAUCGGCAUCAUAGUCGGAAUCAUCUUCAUCUUCGCACUCGCCACUUGCUUAUUCGUCGUCUAUUUUGCUCGCCAGAGGAACCCCCCUCCUCCCUUUUACGAGCAGCGCUACUACUAUAGACAAGACAUUGAGGCAUCUCCCAAGACCAUGGUUGAGCCUUGGGUGUAUGUGGCCCACCAGUCUCAUUACCCCGAGUUCCAGGGCGUUGCCAGAGAUGGCUCUAUUGGGACCAAUGGCGAGUUUUACAACCACAUGGAGAAUGCCGCUCGUUCGGGCCAUAUACAGCUCACUCAUGACCCGAGAUCUGCCAUCCAUGGCCACGAUAAUGCCAUGCCUGCUCAUCACGCCUACGACCCCAAUGCCGUCUCCAAGCAAGCCAGAGACGCAAUCUCAAGCCAUUCUCUGCCGCCGCCUCAGCCAAUACACAAACGGAGGCCGGGCACUCCCGACUCGUUCAUCAUCCGAGCCUACAAAUCCGUCGUAGAGGACGCUUCUCGGCCGUCUGAGCCGCAGGCACUCCCUACCCCAGGGCCGUCCACGUCAUCAUCUCCAUCUGAGCCCAGCUCUUCACCAACAUUGGUUGGAUCUUCAUCCGGCUGGAGCUCCAGACUUUCCUCGCUCUCUUUGCCCAAGCUAUACAUACCAAAGAAAGCUCCACCUCCGAGUCUUGUGCUUCAACCCCUAGCUGGGCGGCCCGGAGACGCUGCAGAUCAUCAGCUUCACAUCACACCUCCUCUCUUGAGCGAUCCUCGAUUCGUUGACAGGCCACUCGGUGCAGGCAUCGUCGUCCUCGAGCGAAAUCGUCCACCUACUCCGAAAAACAGCGAGAAGUACGCUGCUUAUACGGAGGUGCCACUAGCCAGUGGGAAGAGCAUCUUGUACGGGAUGUGAAUAGUGGACGCUGGGAUGCCACCAAGACUACACUCAUUUUGCGCCGUUCUUUUCUUUUCCUUUUGUCUUUUCUUCUCUCUUUGAGAUUUACGUAUUUGGGAGGCCAAGCGAUGUAAAAUUCUUGAAUGCUUUAUUCGAGCUGUGACGGGAUCUGGAAUAAUCUGGUAUGGUGGCUUUGUCUGUUCAAAGGGGCGUUGGACUUGUUCAAGGUAUUUAGCCGCAAUGAAACGGCUGUCAAUCAUUUAUACCCUGGGAUAUCUACCGAGGCAUUCUAGUUAGAAGCUAUAUAAUUCAUGUCCAUAAGAUAUAACAACUUGACAAUUUCAUUGAGCAAUCCGUCAUGCAACUAUCGCGGCCACUAUAGCUGCUGGGUGCAGUGAGUAGAAGGAGCUAAAUAGUACAUCGACAAACCAUGAACACUCUCAGGAAAUCUUUACUAGGAGAACAGCAAUGAAAUUCAAUUGUCAACGUCUAAAUC